UUGGUUGCCGGGACUGGAUCGAGGGAGCUGGUGGGCUGGGAAGCAUACAUAAGAGGCGCUUGAAUCCCCGGGCAGCAGUGCGAGAGAGACGUCCGCCCGCUCCUGCCGCCGCUGCCAGGGACUUUUCCUGCCUGCUGCCCGCGAGCGCCAGAGCUGCAUCUCACACCCCCUUCAGGUCCACGAAGCCCGCGCCUUCUCCUGCGCGACUGAUUCUUCAGGGGAUCAGCCUCUCUGGUAUGCCGCCGCCCUUCCCUUCGGCUGCUCCUCUCCGGGUGAAAAGCAAUCCAACUUGGCCAGAGCCUGAGCAUCACCGGGGCAGGAAGGCGAGGCUGUUCUCCUUCUCCUGUUGAGGCUCCUCUGAACCUCGUUUCCAGGUUUGGACCUCAGGCUGGGAAGCUGGUGGGGACCUGCAGAUCCCAGAAGAUCAAACAGAAUGAAAAUGAAGGCCUUCUGGACUCUCUUGGCCACCGUGCUGUUGGCAGACGAGGCCCUUGCUAUCCGGGCAUCUCGUACGCGGAGGGAGCUGGCCCCAGGAUUGCAUGAGCGGGGGAUCCGGGAUGCAGGAGGCUCUUACUGCGAACGCCGUAAUGCUUGCUGCCCCGGGAGGGAUGAUGGCUGCACAGUGCCAUACCUGGACACCAUCUGCUACUGCGACCUCUUCUGCAACCGCACUGUCUCUGACUGCUGCCCCGAUUUCUGGGAGUACUGUUUGGGCAUCGAACCUCCGUUUGUUGUGCAGAAAGGCUGCAUCCGUAAUGGACACAAGUUUCCAACAGGCUCAACCUACAGAGAUAAUUGCAACUUCUGCACUUGCGAAGGAAAUGGGCGAUGGUCCUGUGAAAACCAUGCUUGCCUCAUCAAUGGGGAUAUGAUAGAUGCCGUCAACAGAGGGAAUUAUGGCUGGAGAGCCUCCAACUACAGCCAGUUCUGGGGCAUGACGCUAGAGGAGGGCAUCCAGUAUCGACUUGGCACCAUCAAACCCCCCACUGCUGUCAUGAACAUGAAUGAACUCGAUAUGAAUAUGGACACCAGUGAGGUGCUGCCUUCCCAUUUCAACGCUGCUGAGAAGUGGGCUGGAAUGAUCCAUGAGCCGCUGGACCAGGGCAACUGUGCUGGAUCCUGGGCCUUUUCUACUGCAGCGGUGGCCUCAGACAGGAUCUCCAUCCACUCCAUGGGACACAUGACUCCCGCCUUAUCGCCCCAGAACCUCCUUUCCUGCAACACUCGCAACCAGCAAGGCUGUAGCAGGGGCCGAAUUGAUGGGGCCUGGUGGUUCCUGCGCAGGAGAGGAGUGGUGACGGAUGAAUGCUACCCUUUCACCAGCCAGGAAAAAGACAGCACCCCUCCUGCAACCCCUUGCAUGAUGCAUAGCCGCUCCACAGGCCGGGGCAAGAGACAAGCCACAGCACGCUGCCCCAACCCAUGGACGGACUCCAAUGAGAUCUUCCAGUCCACCCCUGCGUAUCGCCUCUCCUCUAACGAGAAAGAGAUCAUGAAGGAGUUAAUGGAAAACGGACCAGUGCAAGCCAUCAUGGAGGUGCAUGAAGACUUCUUCAUGUACAGAAGUGGUAUUUAUCGUCAUACGCCUGUAGCAGCUGGGAAGCCAGAACAGUACCGGCGGCACGGCACCCAUUCCGUCAAAGUCACCGGGUGGGGAGAGGAACAGAUGCCUGAUGGUUCAAAUCAGAAAUACUGGAUUGCUGCCAAUUCGUGGGGCAAGGCCUGGGGAGAGGACGGCUACUUCCGCAUUGCCCGUGGGGCCAAUGAGUGUGAGAUCGAAACCUUUGUGGUAGGCGUCUGGGGCCGGGUUGGGAUGGAAGACAUGCACCACAAGAAGUGAGGAACUUGGGAGGCUGACCUUGCACCAGCAGGUCACCAGGGAGAACUUCCUUCCUUUUGUUGCCCACACCUUUUUUCUUCUCCAAAAAAAGAAAAAAAAUCAAAUCUGAGGUCUGGAUCAGCCAAAGAACACCACACCGCUCCUUUUCACCAUUGGGUCUGUCUCUGAAGAGAACAAUGCUUGACCACAUUCUGGGGUGUGCACAAGACUGUGUGAGGCCUAGGACUGUUCUUGAAGCACUGGGCAUGUCUAAAAGGCUUUGGAUGACCUUCUUGGAAACUUUGGAAGCUCCUUGAGAACUCAAGAAACAGCUGGGGAGGGGAAGGUUUUGUCAGAAGGGACCAAGGAAAGUUAUUUUGUCUGACACCCCCUUGCUCCUCUGCAUCUUUGUUAGCCUACACACAAAACCCAAAGUCUGCUGCAGAGACACCAGAAGCAAAUAAGGAACACCCUGUCAAUUUUGCCUGAAGAGUGGCUGAUGCCAUACAGUGAACUGUAUGGGAGGACAAAUCAGCCUCUCCUUUUCUGUGGAUAUCCAGUAAUAUCUUGUACACCUCACCAGUGCCUCAAAAUGAAGCCAUUUCAGAAGUGCUGGUUUCUCUGACCUGAUGUUUCACAGUGGUUUGGGUCAGGAACAAGCCUCUUUCGAGGAAUUGGCAGCCAUUGUAAUAGCAAGAGUUGUGGGCUUCUCAUGUCAAACCAUUUUGGGCCUCAGGUUACAUGGGAUCUCCCCUUAGCUGCUCCUUCUCCUCACACACAUAAGAACACCAGUCUUAUGGAGACCACACAAAAAUAAUCAAGCCUCACAGCCUAAUACACGUUGUCUCUCGUAAACACUCCCAUAGUUUCGUUCCUAGCCACUCCAUAUUCCCAUUGCUUUACCUCAGCCUGGCUGACAUAUAGAAGAAAAGAAGGAAUCUCAAGUCUGCCAGGGGAUGCCCUCACAAACAGAGGAGUCAGUCCAAACCACAGGGAACGAAGUAAAGAAAAUGGCUGCUGUGAUUUUGUGAAGACCUUUCUAGAACUGCUCAGUAAGGUCCAUCAUUCUUGGAGGCCCAAUCCUGAAAUGGAAAUGGCGUCCAGUUACAGAAUGAUGAAACGACACCAAAGACUGGGUUUUUCUAGACAGCUUUGCCCAGGCAUGUGGGAAAUUCACAUGGGUGGUGGAACAAACUACUACUAGGGUUCUUCUCCCCCCUCCCCAAAAAAGGUUUUAUAUCUUAUGAUUCCUGGUGAUCAACCAAACGGUUGGAAGACAAACAAUAGUUUUCAAGAGAGCUGAGGAUGGUAUGAAGGGGGCAUUGUUGUUCAUUGUAAUUGCAUUUGUCUGGCAAUCUUCUCUGAUCAAAUGAAUUUGGCAGAUUUUUGAAACAUGGCAGAAACCAUCCAUUGAGGAGGCUGAAGCAACAUGUUAU